AUGGAGGGUCAGAACGAGAACGACGAGCUCUACCCUAUCGCUGUGCUCAUUGACGAGCUCAAGCAUGACGACGUACUCCUCAGACUCAAUGCCAUUCACCGUCUAUCUACGAUCGCGCUUGCCCUUGGACCCGACCGAACCCGGGAGGAGCUUAUUCCAUUCCUUGACGACUCCGUUGAGGACGAGGAUGAGGUCUUGACCGCGCUCAGUGAGGAGCUGGGUAAUUUCACAGAAUAUGUCGGAGGCCCAGAAUACGGGCACGUGCUCCUCUCCCCGCUGGAGAACUUGGCGGCCAUCGAGGAGCCCUUGGUGAGAGAAAAGGCCGUCGAGUCCCUCAACAAGGUUUGCGAGCAGCUCUCCGAGAACCAGGUCGAAGAGCAUUUCGUCCCUCUCGUCCUCCGCUUGUCCAAAGCAGACUGGUUCACUUCCAAGGUCUCCGCGACUGGCCUCUACUCCACACCAUACAAGAAGGCGACGCCGGCUCUGCAGCAAUCCCUCCGUCAGCACUUUGGAACUUUGGUACACGAUGAAACCCCGAUGGUGCGCCGACAGGCGGCGAACAACCUGGCCAAGUUCGUCAAGGAAAUGGACAGCAAAACCGUGAUCGAAGAAAUAAUUCCCCUUUUCCAAUACUUGGCGAGCGACGACCAGGACAGUGUUCGUCUGCUUACCGUCGACAUUCUCAUUGCGAUCGCGGAAGAGAUCCCCAAGGAGCAGCAGCCCAGCCAUGGUGUUUUGCUGACAUCGCUGCGGAGUUUAUUCGAGGAUAAGAGCUGGAGAGUCAGAUACAUGGUUGCCGAUCGUUAUGAGAAGAUUGCCAAGGCUGUCCAUGAAGAGGUCGUCACCCGGGACAUGGUCCCUGCUUUCGUUAAGCUCCUCAAGGACACAGAGGCUGAGGUCCGCACUGCCAUUGCUGGCCAGAUUCCCGGCUUCUGCCAUUUGAUCGAUCGGGAAACUCUCCUCAAUGAAAUCAUGACUAGCGUGGAGGAUCUGGUCUCAGACCCCUCUCAACAUGUCCGUGCCUCUCUUGGUACUCAGAUCAGCGGGCUCGCGCCUAUUUUGGGCAAGGAAGAGACUAUUUCCCACCUGCUCCCUAUGUUCCUUCAGAUGCUUAAGGAUGAGUUCCCCGAUGUUCGACUGCACAUCAUCUCCAAGCUCGAGCAAGUCAACAAAGUCAUUGGCAUCCAGCUUCUCUCUCAGUCCCUCCUCCCCGCUAUUGUCCAACUGGCUGAGGAUAAGCAAUGGCGUGUGCGUCUUGCUAUCAUUGAAUAUAUCCCUCUUCUCGCAAGUCAGCUUGGAGUUGAGUUCUUUGAUGAGCAGCUAAGCGAUCUCUGCAUGAGCUGGCUCGGAGACACCGUCUUCUCCAUCCGAGAGGCCGCUACCGAGAACUUGAAGAAGCUGACAGAAGUGUUUGGUGUUGAAUGGUCAAAAGCCUCUAUUAUUCCCAAGGUUAUGGCGAUGGGUCAACAUCCCAAUUACCUUUACCGUAUGACAACGUGUUUCGCUGUCUCUACUCUCACUCCUGUCGUCACACUUGAAAUUAUUGAGAACUCUCUUCUUCCCAUCCUGGAACGCCUGGUCACAGAUGAAAUCCCCAACAUCCGUUUCAACGUUGCCAAGUCCUAUGCCGUCAUCAUCUCCACGCUGCGUCGCCUGCCAGCCGAUAAGACCCUGGUCGAGGUUGAAAAGUCUGAGGAGACCAUUGCGCCGGCGCCUCAGAGCCAGGAAUUGAUUCAGUCAAGGGUUGUACCCAGCUUGGAGAAGCUGCAGGAGGAUGAUGAUGUCGACGUCCGCUACUUUGCCACGACUGCUGGCGGUAACCAGGAUGAGUCCAUGCAGACCUCUCCUUAA